GGGGCUUAGUGGUGCGCUAGCCUAAUUGGGCGACUCCCUUAUCGAUUUGCAUACCGGCUAAACCUCGCUGAACCAGGCUGCCUCUCCACCAUCCCGCAUUUUCUCAGAGUUCGCGGUGCAUACAAUUUUCAACCUCUUCAUGAACAAGGUCGAUGUGCACGAUGUAAGGUGAUUGACCGACUCUCAAACCCUCAAUAUCACACUGGCGAUUAUUCACUACCAUAAUGAGCUCUAUGUUCAAGAAAAAAGGCGGGCUCGCCUUCAAGCCCAAGAUCCCGUCCGGUCGAGCUCGCCCCGCGGCCCCAGUACCACCACCACAACCUGCGAAACCUCCUCAGAGUCAACCGUCCAUUGAUGCGCAGUCGCAACCAGCGCAUCAAGAAACUCCCGAGACUCCUGAUUCGGCGACCCCGACGGUAGAUUCGAGUGCCGUUACGACGCAAGUGACUCACGAACCACCCCACCACGCAUCUCCAACCCCACCAGAGUCGGUUCCUGAGAAUGCGAAACACGACGAUACCACCACACUCGACCAAGUGACAAGCGAUAAACCGCACGAGCCCGAAGCUGUACCUACGGUAGCCCGCGUGGAGAACGAAACAGCCGUUGGUGAGCCCGAGACCCAGCUUGAGGCGACCGCGCUCAAGUCGGCACCAACCACAGAACCUGAACGAGUCCAGCCUGCUCCAGCGAAAGACAUCAGUAUCCCUGAUGAUUCACAUGGCGAGCAACAACCAGACACGACGGUAGUUCCAACGCCUGCGCCCCAUACAGUAGAUGAGGUUGCGACGACGGAGAGUUCCGCAACACCAUCAAUUACCCCGGCCGAGUCGAGUGAAACCACAUCACAAGCACCUGAAGAGGCUCGCGAGAAGCCAGCGCCGAAACCAAGGAGCAGGAAACAAUCGGCAAAGACUGCGCAAGAAGAAACUGUUGAUGGGGAUGACAGCGCUCGACCAAAGAAGCGCCCAAGGAAGACCGCAAAAGAUGGAGCGGGUGCGGCGCCAAAGCAGCCAAGGAAGCGCAAAACACCUACACAGACCGAUGGAGAAGGCCAGGCUAGGAGUAGGCGCGCCCGGUCGAUCACUCCCGAGGAUUCGGAGAAUCAGAUUGUGGACUUGCAACAACUGAAGAUGGCGGAUCUAACCAAGGACUUGCACAUUGGCAAGAAGUUCAGCCGCCACGACGAACUCCGAGAGCGAGAGAGGCGGACCAGACUUAAGGCGAAGGUUGGCUUAGACGCGGAUGGAGAGCGUGAUGGCUCGGAAACACCUGACAGGACCGAACCAGGUCCCAAGAAAGAUAGCCCGGCGACCACAUCGGCACCUGCUCCCGCAUCAGGUCCCCAAUUUCGCAUCGUGGACGGACAGAUUGUCGUCGACCAGAGUUCUCUGGCUGUCGAUCGGCACGCGCGCGCCGCCGCGGUCCUUGGAGACAUGGAGACGGUCGAAGAGAACGACUUUACGCGACUAAUCACCAGCAACUCCUUCAUGAACACAUCCAAGCUCAAGGGCCCAAACAUCUGGACCGACCCGGAGACGGAGCUCUUCUACCGCGGCCUGCGCAUGUUCGGCACCGACUUCGAGAUGAUUUCCAAGAUGUUUCCCCGCAAGCAGCGCCGCCACAUCAAACUCAAGUUCAACCGCGAGGAGCGCCACCGCCCCCGCCGCAUCGACGCCGCCAUCAUCGGCGAGAAGACGAUAAAGAUGGACCUAGACGAGUACAAGGCCUUCACUGGCUCUGAGUUCGAGUCGGUCGAGUCCAUCGAGGCCGAGCAGCGCAAGAUUCAGGAGGACUUCGAGGCCGAGCAGCAACGCGUCGCUGACGAGCAGGCCGAGAUCAUGCGUAAGAAGCGUGAGGAGCUUUUCGCCGACGACGACGAUGAUGCUGCCAAGAAGAAGAAGGGCAAGAAGGGCAAGCAGAAGGUCAUCUACGGGUUGAAUGGAGAGCCCAUUGCCGCAGAGUCCUAAGGACUGGGCCUUGAGGAUCGGGAGACGGAAAACAAUAGAACGGCGCAAAGGAGACCGGCAUGAUACCCGUUAGGUUUUUUCCACAUGGAAUAGAAAUCAACCUAGUUAUUGAUAUAGGAUUCAAUCAUCCUUAGGACGGAAUAUGGGUACAAACGAUGCACCCGGUAAGACGCAGCAAGCAU